UCUGCAUUGUCAAUAAGCUGCCACGGUUUCCUAUACCUCGCUAUGUGAAACCCUCGACACACCCUCCUGCUGCAGAAACUCACCUCCUCCCCCUCCCAGAAUAUAGUCAGCGGCAGGUGGAAGAGUUUCAAUACCGAGCUGCACUUCCCCCGGGAUCACUUCGCUCUCUAUGGUCGCCCUGCGUCUUCGCCGAAGAGAAGAAGCCCCUAUCCCCAAACAUCACGCUGGUCGUGGAAUGAUCGUAGCGCAGGUCUUGUUACCAUAAAGAACCUUCAGCUUUUUACCUAAAAACCCCAUCUACGAGAAGCUCAACAGAUCCAAGAUGGAUAAAGGAGUCACCGUCCAGAAUCCUUACGGCAACGUCACCAUUCCGCGGGCGCAGCUGAAGAACAGCUUCAUCCGGGAGACGCUUGGUGAAGAUCUGGAUGGGGUGGUGAUCACAAACACCGCAGCAGUGCCAACCUACCCCACGUACAUUACACAGGAUCCAGUAGGCAACAACAACCCAACCACCAUCCAGACCGACUACAAGGUCCACACACAGGAGUCGUGGAGACGGCCGUACAAUCCCUACGCUGGUGACAAUCCUCAGAAUGGAGGCCAAAACGAGGCCAUGCACAACAUCGACCUGGACCAACAGUACAAGGAUGUCGCGGCAGAAGAGAAUCCGUGCUGCUGUUGUCCCUGUUGUAGCUGCUGUAAUCCCUGCUGUGGCUGCUGUAAUCCCUGCUGUGGCUGCUGUACCUGCUGCAAGCCGUGCUGCGUUGUCUCCUAAUACGUUGGUGACCGUGUCCCGAGCCACAAAACAAAACAUGACUCCAGGUUCUGUCUUGUUGAAUCGGACACGAUGGUGGAUCUUCUGACCAAAGUCCAGACCAAAGUCCAAGGAGAUCUCCUUCUUCUCUGGGUCCUAUCUACCUUUUGUAAACCAAUGUUAAGUGCAAUGACGAGGGACUGGUCUACCUCUUUGGCGUAGACUCAGUUGCCAAAUUAAGCUGGUGGUAAUAUGGAAAAGCAAAAAACUAUUGGGUCUUCCUGUGGAUUAUUAUAUAUUUUUUUAUCGUAAUGAAAUAGUAUUCACGAUGCCAACAUAUCUGUCGAAAUUAUUAAGAAAUGUGGACUUUAGUUAUCUAUUCUUAUUGUGGGGGGUUUCGACAAUACCGAGACCCCAAACUGAAUUAUAUAUAUUCCUAGUUGCUACUUUGUACCAGUCAUAUAUUUAAAGGGGAGGCUCACUUUUACUCAGUUCCACCUACACGAUCUCCUAUAGGUUCACCCAAACCCCACCUACCACAAUAUGCACUUCCCCCGUUCCCAACACACAUAAGUCUAUACAGAUGUAUCCAAUGGUGCCCAGAUAGCUUAUCGUUGGUGAAAAAGUCUAAAAGUGACCACCCCCCCUUUUUUUUUAUGUUUUAUUCUCACAGUAUUUCAUUCAUAUUAAGAAUGCAGCACUCCGGUAGCAGAUCAGAUUGUAAUGGUCUGGCGAAAAUCUGCAAUUUGAAGGAACAAUAUUUUUAGGAGCUUUGAAAAAAAAAAAAAAAAAAAAAAAAAAUACAU